GGCCGCGGAGCGGAGGAACAACUCGGCGACACCUGCGAACUAAAGUGAUGACCCGACUUCCAGCGCGCGACGCGAGGCUGAAGCUGACGCGCGCGUUCACGCGGAAUACGUCCUUUCCGAAAAGGUGUUCGCGACGCGGAGGAAGCAACGGGGGAAAAAAAAGAAGAUAAAGAAAAAAGAAAAGUUCAUUUGAAGACUUCAAAGUCAUGGGAUUUUAAGUCGGAGCGGGAGCAGAGGCACGAGCGCAGGCUUCCGGUGGAUGGAGAGACGAUGGAGGUCAACAGAACAGAGGUGCCCCUGUAUGGUCAGGUGGAGGCCGUCGUGAGCUCGCGGGCCGACGCCGCCCCCCCCGACGGCGCGGAGUUCUACGUCGUGGUGCAGGGCUCCGACCUCACGCACGUGACCCCGGCGACAAGAGGCGCCGAUGGACGGACCCUCUGCUACACGGUUCCUGGCCACGCCCCCGCGGAAGCCGCCUCCGUCACGUCCUACUUCUACGCGGCGGGCCGGGUGGAGCCGUGCGAGGGCCGGGCCUCCCUCGAGUACCUGGCGGACGCCGCCCAGGAGGCGGCCGAGUACCUGGGUGCCAACCGGGAGCGGCUCGGCGGCCUGGAGGUCCUGGAGGUCCUGGAGGUCCUGGAGAGGCUCUCGGCGCAGGACGCCGCCAACGAGGACGGUCUGGCGACGCUGGAUGAGAAGGUCACGCGAGCCGUGGCCAACAUGGAACACCCUCGGGAGUGGAGUGAUGCUGACGCUCAGCCGAGAGAAGCCGCCGAGCUCCAGCCCAGAGAGACCCUCCUCCACCUGGCCGUGCGCCUGGGCUGGGUCCAUCUCUCGCGUUUCCUAACCCACCAACCUGGAGGUCAAAGGGCGUUGACCUCGCCCAACCCGGAGGGUCACACGCCCCUCCAGUUGGCCCAGAGGGACGGAGGGCACGCCGUGUUCCGCGCGCUGGCGGCUCCCCCAGGUCCGGCCGCGGGCCCCGUUCCGGGCGUGUGGUGCGUGUGGUCCGACAGUUCCGGCAUGGUGAGGUUCUGCCCCGGGACGGGCUCCCUGACCCUGACGCUGCGGCGGCCCUCAGGACGCCCUCAGGACGCCGUGGGGAUCCUCCGGGAGCGACUGGCGGACGCCGGCGUCCUCAGACUGGUCAAUGUGCUGAAAGGUGAUACCGAGGAAGACCACAGCGGCGGGGAGGAAUCGGUCCGGAGUGAUGAAGGCGUUGGCAGAGCGCCCCGAGAGGACGAGCCGGCGCUGGAGGACAAUGUGUUUGAGGAACGGCUCGUUCUUUCUUUGGACGACGGCGGCGGCGGCGGCGGCGACGAGGACGACCCGUCGGCGCCGCUCGUGAACGGACGUCCCGAGCUGUCCGUCGGAGUCCAGCGGCGCGCCGCGAUGGGCGGCGGCGACCCGACCCGCCCUCCUCGCACGCAGGAGGAGGAAGCUGACCGGCGGGUUCUGGUCAGCGGAGCGACCGGGGACAGCACGGGGACGGACGGCGGGCCGUGGGACGCCACGGACUCGGAACAACAACAACAGCCGCUGCCGGCCACCGACGCCCCUCCGCCCUGCUCGGGGGGUUCCGGCCUCCCCCCGCGACCCCGCCCUCACCCGCUCUCGCCCGCCGACCAGGCCCUGGCCCGGCUGAGCCGCCCCGCGUCCUCCGAGGCCGGUGACCUCAGUCCCAGUCUGGUGUCCCUGGAGCUGGACAGCGAGGAGGAGGAUGAGGAGGAGGGAGACGAGGAGGAGGAAGAGGAGGAGGACGGUGCGGAGCCAAAGUCGCCGCUCUCCCCGCUGUGGUCGGAGGCCGAGAAAGGGGCAGACGGAAGUGAAACCCGCCCGCCCUCGGCUGGCCUCUCGUGCCCUCGCAGCCAGUCCGCCUCCUCGCCGCGUGAACCCGCCGCGAAACAGAUGGCCGACCGUGGGAUUCGACUGCGCUCGUACUCCUACUCGUCCCCCAAAAUCAGCUUCCGUCCCGCUCGCCUCGCCCGCGACACCCGCCCGUCGGACACCAGCCCCGACGGCGUUCUCCACAGUGUCGGCCACAGCCGCUCUCUGCUCCAGGCGCUCUCCCUGUCUAAGUCUCUGUCUCUCCUCCACCCUGGGAAGCAAAGACCCUCCAAUGCAGCAGAGCAGUCACACGAAAAAAGGGAGAUCAGGUUCCGUCAGCGAGCGCAGUCAGCUGACGACGAGGGCAGCGAGGCGCUGGCAGAGUCCCUCCAACAUCUCACCCUGUCUGAGUUCCUCAAAGAGAUCCAGGAGGAGGAGCUGCUCAGGUGCACCGUCCCGGCCAAGGUGGAGUCGGAGAAGCACAAAGUCGCCCGCACCUUCAGUUUCCUCAAGAGCCGGAUGUCCAGCACGCGGAACAAGAGCAAGGGGAAGGACCGGGAGGCCAAGGACAGGCCGCCCGGCGGACACCGCUUCGGCGCCGGCUCGGCCCCCGCCGUGUGCGCCGCGUGCGAUCAGCCGGGCCCCGGGAAGGACCUGCUGCACUGCUCCGGCUGCGCGGCCACCGUCCACAAGGGCUGUAAAGAAUCCGCCCCCCCCUGUGUGAAGAAGCUCCAGGAUAAAUACGCCGUUGCCAUGGCGAAGAGCCGGACGGCGUCCCUCCCGCAGGACUUCGCGGUGAGAGACGGCGCCGUCCCCGCCUCCCCGUCCCUGCCCGCCAUGAGGGACGCCGACGCCCAGCCGGGCCUCGUCUCCGGCGCCGUCCCGACCAGCGACAGUCGGCCCGCCGAGGGUUCGGAGAGCGAGUCCGACGCCUGGAAGGUCAGCGGGCGACCGGAGGAGCCCCCCCCGACCCGGGCGUCCUCCGACUCUUCCUUCGGGGAAGACUGCGCUGAUGCGUGUGCCCACAGCGACAUGUCGGCCGACGCCGCCGACUACGAGGCCGAGUCGUGGAGCCUCACCGUGGACAACCGGUUCUGCGAGAAGCAGGACAAGCGAGCUGUGAAGAGGCAGGACGUGAUCUACGAGCUGAUGCAGACCGAGCUGCACCACCUGCAGACGCUGCACAUCAUGGCCGAGGUGUUCCGGCGGGGCAUGAGGGAGGAGGUGCAGCUGGACCCGGAGGCGCUGGAGCGGGUCUUCCCCUGCCUGGACCAGCUGCUCCUCUCCCACCGCGCCUUCUUCGCCGCCAUGAAGGAGCGGCGCCACAGCUCGGCCCAGCCGCAGGGACGCGGCAACUACCUCAUCCGGCGGAUAGGGGACGUCCUGCUGCAGCAGUUUUCUGACGAGAACAAUGAGAAAAUGAAGCAGCUGUACGGAGAGUUCUGCAGCCGCCACAACGAGGCGGUGAACUUCUUCAAAGAGCUGCAGCAGCACAACAAGCGAUUUCAGGUCUUCAUCAAGCAACAAGGCAACAACUCUUUGGUGAGACGGAGGGAGAUCCCAGAGUGCAUCUUGCUGGUGACCCAAAGGAUUACAAAGUACCCCGUGCUGCUGGAGAGGAUCUUGCAGUAUACUCAAGAGGACACGGCGGAGCACGCCGACCUUUCCAAAGCGCUGGCUCAGAUCCGGGGGGUGAUCGCGGCCGUGGACCUGAGCGUCAGCGAGUACGAGCAGCAGCAGCGCCUGCAGGAGGUGUGCGGCCGCAUGGAGAACCGCAGCGCGGCCAAGCUGAAGAACGGCCACGCCUUCCGCAAGCAGGACAUGAUGGCGCCGGGGCAGACACUCAAACACCGGGGCCUCCUCCUCUGGAAGACCGCCACCGGCCGACUCAAAGACGUCCUGGCGCUCCUUCUCACAGACGCGCUCAUCUUCCUGCAAGAAAAGGACCAGAAGUAUUCAUUCGCCGCAGUGGAUCAGAAGCCCCCCGUCAUUGCGCUGCAGAAGUUAAUCGUGCGGGAAGUUGCAAACGAGGAGCGGGGGAUGUUUCUGAUCAGCGCGUCGGCCGCCGGGCCCGAAAUGUACGAGGUCCACACGUCCUCCAAAGAGGAGCGCAACACCUGGAUGAGGCUCAUCAGAGAGGCUGUCGAGAGCUGCCCGGAGGAAGAGGAAGAAUCCACGAGUGAAUCCGAAGAGGAGAGGCGAGCUGCCGAGGCUCGCGUUCAGAAGAUCCACAAGCUACAAGAGAGUCUGACGAGCCAGGACCAGCGGAUCUGCUCCAGCCUGGAGGAGAAGCUGCAGGUCUACGCGGCGCUCGGCGCUCUGAGCGGGGGGGCGGACCCGGCGGCGCCGCUGGCCGAGCCGCGGCUGCUGGUGGAGGAGCCGCCCCGGGGCGCCGUCCUGCUUUCCGCCGCUCUGCGGGAGGCUGAGGCCCUGAAAGCCACGCUGUCGUCCCGGGCCCCCCCCCCGCCUCCCCCGACGGGUCGCAGCCCGGACUCCGACGCGGACUCCGUGUUCCCCGUCGGCCCCUCGGACUGCGAGGCCUCGCCCCAAAACCCGGAGGCCCGGCAGGGGGGCUGGACCGAGACCCCCGGGCUUCGGUCCCCUUCUCUCCUGCUGCACCCAACACACAGCGACGCCAUUGGCUGCCAGGUGGCUCAAAGUGUCCAAAGCUUGACCCGGCUGCUCUACAGUCUGCAGGCCACCGUCGCCAUCCAGGACACCUGCCGUGAGGUCCAGAGGCUCCUCCUCCUAGAGACCGGCCGCCCGCCCCCCCGCUCCCGGCGGCCGCACCUCCCCAGCGCCCGGGGCAGCACCCUGCAGGAGCAGGAGAAGCAGCGCAACCUGGAGAAGCGCAAGGAGGAGGUGGCGGCGGCGCAGCGGCUCAAGGGCCGACUCCGGCAGGAGAAGGAGCGCUGGGAGCGCGAGUGCCAGGCCAGGGAGAGCCAGCAGGGGGAGCAGGAGGGCCGGCUGGAGGAGCGCGAGAGGCAGUGCCACCUGGAGACGGAGAGGCUGAGGCGGGAGCGGGAGGAGCUGGACGAGCAGCUGGACGAGUACCAGCAGAGCCUGGAGCGGCUCCGGGAGGGCCAGAGGAGCGUGGAGAGGGAGCGCGAGCGCCUGGAGAGCCGCCAGGAGCUGCUCCAGGCGUGGAGGCACUGCCGGCAGAGGAGCCUGCCCAGCGUGAUCCCCCACAUGGUCAUCCCCCUGGAUGGCCGCCAGGACCCGGCGCCGAGUCGGCCCCGAGGCCUCACCGCCAACGGCUCCGUGUUCGUGAACGAGGCGGCGUUCGCCGGCGCCAACACCAACAACAACCGCCGCUGGAAGGACAACCCCAACGCGCACAACUGUCUCAACGCCCUGCUGGCGAUACCCAACCGCAGGGGGAGCGCCGCGGCGAAGGCGGUGGGGGCGGAGCACCUGUGCGGCCCCGCGGGGCGUCCGGAGCUGCAGGACCCGCCCACCGGUGAGAGACGCUUGGCCAUCUGCAGGGACGGGAACGGGGGCGGGAACCGGCGCGCGACGUGCACAGUGGAUCUAGAUGGGGUCUGUGUACCAUUACUGCUGGAUACUGGAGCGGCGUUAUCUCUUCUCAACUGGUCCACAGUCAAGCGCUUCCUGCCCCACAUCGCGCUGCAGGCGCCUUCGGCUGUUCUCCAUGGAUAUGGUCAUUCAAAGAUCGACUUAGUGGCCUCCCUCAGCUGUUCGGUGCGCCAUGGCAACAAAUCCAUGGCUACCUUCACCUUUCAAGUGGCGCGGCAUGGAGCUAACCUCAUGGGGCUGGACCUCAUCACCAGCUUGGGUUUCACGUUCAUGGACAGCUGUGGAGCAACGAUUCUCCACGUCAGCUCAUCAUGGGAACAGCAAUGGCCAGCACUCUUUUCGGGCCUAGGCUGCAUCUCAACUUUCACACAUCAACCUCUCCUUCACAAGGACGUCCACCCGGUCAUACAACCUCUCCGCCGCAUUCCCCUGGCACUACGUGAUGACGUUACAGCAGAGCUGACAAAGCUGUUGGAAAUCGGCAUCAUUGAACCAGUCAACGCCUCGCCCUGGAUCUCUAAUUUGGUCAUCGCGAAGAAGAAGUCAGGUGGUUUGCGGGUGUGUGUGGACCUGAGGGCGGUGAACAAGGCUGUGGUGCCCGACAAAUACCCGCUGCCCACGGCAGAGGAACUGACUUCUCAGUUUUACGGCUCCAAGGUCUUUUCCAAGCUCGACCUCCGCCAAGGUUACCUGCAGGUACCUCUGCACCCAGAAAGCCGUAACCUCACUGCUUUUGUCACACACGCAGGCGUCUUCCGCUACACCAGGGUACCGUUUGGUCUAUGCUCCGCCCCUAGCUGCUUCCAGAAAAUAAUGUCCACCAUCUUCGCGGGCAUACCAGGGGUGGUGAUAUUCCUGGACGACAUAGUGGUGCACGGAUCAACGCCGGCCAUCCACGACCAACGGCUCACACGGGUGCUUGACACACUGGCCUCCCAUGCCCUCACACUGAAUGGGGAGAAAUGUAUUUUCUCUGCGUCCGAGGUGGAGUUUGUGGGGUUUCGUCUGACCCCGGAAGGCCUCAGUCCACUUCAUUCUAACGUGGAGGCUAUUCAACGGCUCCCCAUGCCCUCCAGCCCAGCCCAAAUUGCCUCCUUUCUGGGUAUGACCGCCUAUUACUUGCGUUUUCUUCCCCAGUAUUCCUCCACCACUGCCCCUCUCAGGCUGCUCCUCAAAAAAGACGCCCAAUGGGCAUGGACCCCUGCCUGCGAAGAUGCGGUCGUGCAGCUGAAGGCCCAGCUCAUCGCGCCACCAGUACUCGCCCACUUCGACCCACUCAGCCCAACGCUUCUCACCUGUGAUGCCUCCAACUACGCAGUGGGGGCUGUGCUGUCUCAGCUCCACAACGGCACAGAGCGACCUAUUGCUUUUGCCUCCCGAGCCCUUAAUACAGCUGAACAGAAGUACUCCGUAGGGGAGAGGGAGGCCCUGGCCUGUGUCUGGGCGUGUGAGCGGUGGCAUAUGUAUGUGUACGGCCGUUCAUUCACAUUACGCACAGACCACCAAGCGCUUACAGCGCUGCUCGCCACAUCUGGUUCCGGGCACAGGCCUCUGCGCAUCCACCGGUGGUAUGAGAGACUUCACCAGUACAACUUCACUCUGCAGUUCACACCGGGACGAGAGAAUGUGGUGGCGGACUUACUGUCACGCUCCACGCCACCGUUAGCUGGGGACCCAACUCCAGACUACACCGACCUGGACCUCAUUCAGCUCCUCCACUCCCCCCUUGAGGCAAUAGUGUCCCUUCAGGAACUGCAACAGGCCUCCGAACAGGACCCAGUGCUCUCACAGCUCCGCACAUUCAUCCACUCUGGGUGGCCUCCAGCCUCUGGCCUACCAGACAGUCUGGUGCCUUUCCACCGGUUUAAAGAUGAACUUUUUUGCUGGAACGGCCAUUGCGUUGCAAGGGGCCAUCGCACAGUCAUACCCCCCGCCUUACAGGCACGUGUCCUGUCCAUGGCUCAUGAAGGUCACCUGGGCAUUGUCAAGGUCAAGCAGCGCUGCCGGGAAGCGGUCUGGUGGCCAGGAAUAGAUGGAGAUGUGGAGGCUAUGGUGAGAGACUGCACAGCCUGCCUGGUGAGUGGAAAGACUGGCCCCUCUCCAGCUCCUCCCCUUCAGCCACUGCAGUGGCCAGCUGGGCCUUGGGAGCACAUCCAAAUGGACAUUUGUGGUGAGCUCCGUGGCGUCCCGCAUCACCAACGAUUCCUCAUCGUGGCCUACGACCUGCACUCUAAGUGGCCCGAGGCAGUCUCUACAGGGUCGGUCACCACACAGGCGGUCAUCGACUUUCUGGAGGCGCUUUUUGCUCGUUGGGGCAUGCCCACGACGAUCACCACAGAUAAUGGGCCGCAAUUCAUCUCUGGGGAGUUCACAACUUUUCUGAGUGAGCGGGGAAUCAGACACAUACGCACAGCCUUCUAUAACCCUCAAGCGAAUGGGGGUGUGGAACGCAUGAACCAGACGCUGAAAAAUGGUCUCAGAGCCCACUUGGCAGAGGGGUUUCAAUUCUCAGCAGCACUCAGGCGGACCCUGCUGCACUACCGAGCUGCUCAACACACCACAACAGACCGCUCACCAGCCCUUCUGAUGUUGGGGCGCGAGCUGUCACUACCCCUGGACCGCCUGCGUGUUCCCGCUCACCUGACGUCACAGGGGGCCCAGCGAGAAACAACAGAUCAGCUACGCGACCGAGUCGCAGCACGACAGCAGGCAACUAAACAGCGCUUUGACCGGUCCCACAGGGCCAAACACCCAGCUUGCACCGUUCUAGACUGGGUCAGGGUCCGGAGGCCCACACGGGGCCAUAAGCUCUUAUCGUUCUGGUCAGCGCCUCUUCAGGUGACUGAGCAACUGGGACCUGCCACCUUUCGCCUGUCCGAUGGAACGCGGUGGCAUGCACGCCGCCUGCGCAAAGUGGGCCCACCUACCGCGGAGGACCUGGAGGCCAGCCGAGACCCUGAUCCGGACUCUGGAGGCUCAGUAAAUCCUGCAGCACGACCAGUCCGCGCCCGCACCAAACCGAGCUACCUCAGGGACUAUGUUACAGAUUAG